AUGAACCAAUAAUGUGAUUCAAAACAUUUGUGUCCGUGACUGCGGUUGCUGAGUUUAAAUGUUUUGUGUUUCUUCGUCAGCCAGAUAAACAUCAUUUUCCAUCAUGACUAAUAUGAACAAUUAUGCCCAUUUCUCUUAAUUGUUCAAAGUGUAUUCAACAGGUGUGUGUGCUUAUGUUCCAUACGUGGAGGAAUGAAUGGGUACGCAUAAAGUGGAGUAAAUUAUUAUUAGCAGACUGCAGUAAUGCCUGCAGCAGCUCUCAAUGCCAAACAGUUUAACGCUAAUAUGUCACACUUCGCUCCAGUAUCAUCAGGAAGACGUGUUGUAUAGCAUUGUGAAAAAGUCAAGUGUUGAGAUAAAGAGCAAAAUAGAUAAGAACUGUGGUUUGGACACCAUAAUCGUUUCGAUCAAUCACCAAUUUAGUUUACGCAAAACGUUCUCGUUCUUUUAUGGGUUGUCGCAUAUCGUCUUCAAACAAUGAACAUUUUUCUUCAACGACCAACGAGAUGUCGAAUAGAACUACCGACCAACAACCCACAGUGGACUAUAAGGCACGGCUAGAGCGAAAACAGUGUCUGGCAAAAGAAACACCAGAACCAAUCUAUGAUUUAGCCGAUUGUAACUUGAAAGAUGUUCCAUCGGGAGUGUUUAUUAUGUGUAAGGUGCUGCGGAAAGAAACGCUAUCGCUAAGGAACAAUAGAUUAUCUUCGCUCAGCGGUGGUGGUGCACUUGAAAACCUUCAGCUUUUGAUCACAUUGGACCUGUCCAACAAUCGUUUUAAGAAACUGCCAGAUGAAAUCUACAAGCUAGAAAACCUCAGGGAACUGUUUUUGUCAAACAACAGCAUAGAAAAUCUCCCAAAAACAAUCAAUCGGCUUAGGCAUCUGGAACUGCUUGAUGUAUCCGUAAACAAUCUGACCACUUUAGAGCAGCUGACGUUCAUGACCAAUCUCAGAAUACUAUACAUCUGCGGAAAUGCACGCCUGACGAGACUGCCAAACCUGUUGGCAACAUGUGAUAAUCUAGUAGAUAUAAUACUCGAUCCAGACUCAAUUAUUGAUCCCCCAGCAGAUGUUAUUGCUGGCGGCACUUCUGCUAUCAUCGAAUAUCUCUCAACCGGUAAGAUAGUAAAUCGACCGCCCGAAGCGGAAAAGCUAGAUUCACACCAAAUCAGCACAAUCAAAUUUAUCAAUAAUGAACGGGAUGACCAGCGCCAAGCGAAUAUGCUGCAAGAAAAAUACGCAAAGGAAAAAAGAUUGCUGGAAAGUGAACGUUUAGUCUAUGAGAGAGAUUAUCUCGCUGAAAGCAAACUGCACGAGAAACAACAGAUGAAAAAGCAAGAGUUGUUGCAACAAUUGUUACAGCAACAGAGUCAAAGUGAAUAUCAUGUGAGUAAAUUGCAAGAGGAAAAGCAGACCGAACGACAGAAGCUGAUAAGCGACAUCUUGAAAGACGAACAGUAUUCGAGUGAACUGGUAGAAAAACUUCUGUCCCUAAAAAAUGGACCGGACCCCGCAUUCCUUGAGCGAGAACGUGAAGAACAAGAACGGCUUGUGGAACUAAUUUCCACUCAGAACAAUGACCUCCGUAAACAAGAAAUCCUCACCGCUAUGACCGGGCUAUUGGAGAACGAAAUCAAUGUUAUUCAACAUUUCCACAAUCAACGAGAUCAAUCGUCUAGAAACAUCCUCGAGCAGGAAUAUGAAACGAACAAUCUGUUGAACAAUGUAUUCGUUAACUACGAUCGUAAUCGGCAAGAGAUCAUCAAUCAAGUGAACUGCGAUGAAGAGAUACAGAAAUCAGCUUUUGCAGCGCUCAUAGCAAGAAACGAUUCACGUACGUGGGGCUUGGUGGAGCAAGUGCGUAUCGUCGAGUCGCAACUUGCCGCUCUCACGGCGUUUGAAAUCGAACGGAAGAGAUCCAAUCAAGACGACCAAAUUAACAAUCUGACGGAACAGAGAAUCAAUCUGACCUAUGUACUGAUGGAUUUGCUCAAACAACAAGACCAACGGAAGCAACAGCUACUCGAUACGCUUAGGGUAAUCGAAUGCCAGAAAAAUGUUGAGCAGACUGAUUUCUGGUUGAUGCAGUAUCAAAAACUGCUGGAUAAUCAACCGACGGAGAUUUCCUACGCUACAGUUUCGAUCGAUCCGAUUCUGGGAUUCCAAUUUCUCGAAAAUGGAGUUGUACAUUGUUUGCCAUUUCUGUCUAAAAUCUGGCAGAAUAGAGACAAAGAAUUGUCUAGUAUCAAUGAGCAUGAUUUGAUGGAAGCUGGUGUGCAAAAUAACUUAGAUAGGAACGCAAUUCUUACUUCAAUAAGAAACUAUUACGAUUUUCUGAAUCGGAGAGCGGAUCAUUCUAACUCCAGUUCAGCGCUACAUACUCCGACUGCGCCUCAGGCGAAUAAAUUCUAUAGUGAGCUUUCAUCUUUGAACGGGCAACCUGGAGUCUGUGGCGCUCCCCAGUUGGCCGAACGUGUUGACCAGUCUUAUGGAGAAUCUAGUUCAGCGCAACAUACUCCGACAGCACCACAAGCGGAAGAUAGGCACGGUGGAGGGAUUCAGUUCGCCGAAUGUGUUAUUUGCCUUGAAGAAACGGUUCAGGUUAUUUUCCUACCUUGCGGUCACAUGUGUUGCUGUACCGGUUGCCAUGGUAAUGUACGAGAUUGUCCCAUGUGCCGUGCACUUAUUGAGAGAAAGAUAAAAGUUAUCCAGCCAUGAGAGUAAAAGCUCAAUGAAGAAGUCGAUAAAACUAGUCAAAUUAAAAAAGCAAUCUUUUCAUCAAUAUGCCGUCAACGAAAAAAGACAUAUACUACCAAUGAAUAAGAUAAAAACAAUACGUUCAACAAUAUCUUGUACCCUUCAUAUAAAUUUAUUUAGCCACACGGUUCGUAAAUAUUCGAUAGAAACUAUCCAUUCCUGACGUAAAUAUUUUUAUUCAUCCUGUUCUAGCACACAAAUGUUUUAUAGUGAAUCUAAAAAUAAUACAUUUAUUGAAUAGUUAUUACAUUGGCAAAUUUUGUUGUAUUAUCCGGACAACAUUCUGGACCGUUGUUCCCAAUAGCCACGGCAUUUCACCUUUUUAUCAAACCAUUUCAACAGAAAAUUAUAGAUAUAGAACGACACCGUCGAUAAAAUCGUUUACAGUCGAUCGAUUAAAUGUAAUGUUAAUAUGCCCGAAGCUCAGCAAGCAUACAAAUGAAAAGGAAUUUAACGCGUUAUACAUGAUAUUAUAGUGCCUUUGAGGAAGAAAAGAAUUACACCAUGUUUGUCGUGUCAUUUCCGAGUGAAAGUGCACUGACUAGGGAAUAAUCACGAACAAAAAUUGCGACCACAAAUGCAUUCUGAGACGAUGUGGAAUAAAACAGGUGAUAAGUAUCAUAUUAACAUUUUUCUUGCUCCUACCACAACAACCUUGACUUCGAACUUUAAAUCGGCAACGGUAAGCGAUGGACGUGAUAUAAUCUUUAGAAUCGUUGAUUGAAUCCAAAGAAAAAAGUAACAAAAUCGUGGUUUCACAUAUUUCAAAUGAACAACAAAGUUCAAACUUGCUUGAACGUGCGUAUCUUUCUAGUCUUAUUACCAAAAUGAUCACAUCACUUCCUAUUCGCCUAUAUCAAUAUCACGUCAUUUUUAUUCCUAUAUACAUUUAUUAAUAUUUUUCAAACU